CAGAGACAGAAGAGCUUCUUAGAGCAGCUAGGAGCUAGCAGUUGUGUAAUAACUAAGUGAACUGUGAAAUGUGCAGACUAACAAAGCAAGACAGAGAUUCGGUAUCACUUGUACUGCAACCGAACAAAUUUCCUCUACUCUGGAGAACUACUGUUAAACAAGUGCAUAGUAUUUGAGUGGUGAAGAACUCUGGACAAUGACAAAAAUGAUGGGGAAAAGGUUCAAAAUCAUCCACCAGGAAAAGUGUAUUUAAGCUGAUAAAAAAGGCCACCUUCAAGGAAAAAUAUCUCCGAGCCUCUGCUGAUCCUAGGCUGUGACAUCUAUUGGCCACAGUCCAAGAACUUCAUCGGAACAAGAGAAAGAGAGAGAGAAAAGAGAUCCAAGUACAUGAUUUUUUUUUUCAGCCAGUCUGUUGAUGCUGUGAUUCUGCAGUUUAAAAGACAAGUCUUUUUAGGCUUGACUUCUUCCCUCCUGACUUGAUUCAGACAAAUAAGCCCUUUACACUAAUUUGUUCUGAAGGCAACAAAGUACCCCUCACCCACCCUAAGCUUCUGUAAGGAAUCUAGCUGUUGUUAUCAGACAAAGCACGGAUGAAGAAAGGUAAUUUACAUAGUUGGGUUAGUAUGAAUGAUCCUAAAAACAAGAAGAAAGCAUUCCUGAUCCUUCUGCAACUUUUGGACUCAGAGGCAACAGAGUUUCUGCAGUGAUGCAUAUUUUUCAGCAAAGUAAUCAUUACAUUAAUUAUGGAACUGUCUUUGCAUAAUCACUGGAACCGUAUCUGAAGUAUUACUUAGUCUGUAAUUUCAUGUUUGCAAGUGGCACAAAACAACGGUGCAUUUUUGGACUGUCUGUCAACAGAUACAGUGUUCCUUCAAAGUAUAACUUUUCUUUUUAUAAACUGUGAUUGAACUCAACACACAUCUCAAUGGAAGGAAACUAUGUCCUCGUAACCUGUAGUAUCAUACUUCUGGACCUGAUACUAAUUGCUGCAAGGUCUCAUGAGGCCAAAAUGACCCAGGCAGAAGGGCAAGUUGUUGCACGCAAUGGAAGCCAAGGACCUAGUACUGAGAAUAAUGCAAGUGGAACAGAAAGUUCAAUGCCUGCAGACUGGUGCCGGGGCUAUUUUGAUGUUAUGGGUCAGUGGGACCCCCCUUUCCAUUGUAAUUCUGAUAUAUACCUGUACUGCUGUGGCACUUGUGGCUAUCGCUUUUGCUGCAAGUUUAAGCAUGACCGUCUGGAUCAAAGUACAUGUUCCAACUAUGACACUCCAAACUGGGCAAGCACAGGCAGACCACCUGCUAGGGUGGAUGACACCCCUGAGGAUCCAACAAAGGAUAAAACUAACAUGAUUGUAUAUAUUAUCUGUGGAGUUGUGGCAGUGAUGGUACUUGUUGGAAUUUUUACUAAACUGGGACUGGAAAAGUCUCAGGGACCACAGACAGAAAUGAAUAUGUCAAGGACACUGACAGACCUCCUCAAACAGCCAGGACAUGGGGCAGUAGACCACAUUUCAGAUGGAGCUCUUCAGAUCCAGCUUGGUGAUGGUCUCUUGGCCAGGUCUACACGUAGCAGUAUAGAUCACACACAUCUGAACAAUGCAGGAGUCACAUCUCCCAUCCUCCCCCAGACUGGAAUGCCUCAUUCUCACAGUAAUAUCGCCCAGCUCACUCCUACGCUUUCUCUACAAGCACCAGAGUACACCAAGUAUAGUACCCUCAAGGCAGUAGCAGAAACUGUGACAGAUGAAUACUAUAAGAGAUUUCCAGUAAUGGAUAUGCCAGCUCCUGGUACACCUAACUUCAAAUCGAUUUCAGGACAUCCAAAGGACACGCCUCUGCCUGAUGGCUGCACCCUUGAGGUAACCACACCAAUCCAGAAAACAAAAGUGAUGAAGACAAAUACACACCAUUUUGCAAACUCUGGCUAUAAGGGUUGGGACACUGCCGUUCCCACUGCUCGACGACAGGCCUAUACCAACAAGCGGCAGUUCAGUAUCGAGCAGCUCCCAGAGCUGUUCAGCCAGCCAUUGCACUAUAACCAGCCUCAGCGUCACUUUUCUACCAACAGCAAGACAGAAGUCACAGUCUGAGAACAAAUAAAUGAUUUAACGAAAGAGGCUUUUCACUCUUUAAGUUGGCUUCAAGCAGUUCUUAUCAACCUGAAGAUAAAGAAAUGUGCCAGUUGAGGAAAUGGAUGAAAUAGAAAAAAUGGAAAUGAAUGUAUUAGUUGAUAUACUGGAUACUGUUAACAGUAAUACUGGUCCUUAUUUAAUGAACAUUAAAACGAAUCAGUGUUGUUGUUACUCUUUUAUCCUAGAGAAGAGUGAGAUGUAAAUUCUGUUGGUUCAAACCUAAAUGCCAGUAGAAACUGUUGACUUUUACUUCUGUGGUUUAAUGCGAUCCAUUUCUCUAUGAUUUGGCUUUUACAUCUUUGGCAUGAUGAGGUCCAUUUUUCUAAGACUUUAUUAAAUUAAUUUAGUAUUUCAUAACUGUUCAUCUUUUGCUUUCUGUGCUACACUUGGGGUACAAAAACGUUUCAGGCUGGAAUGUUUCUUUUGAUGUAAAAGAAAAGGAGAAGUUAUGCUAAGAUUAAAUCCAAAAACAGUUACUUUACUCCACUUAAGAUGACAUAGUAACUUGUUAUAUAUAACUACUUGUAUGACUCACGUUUCAUGAAGUGGUGUUUAACUGUGGGAGGACAGGCUUUUGAUACACUUUGUCCAGGUUUUGAUUUAAUUCUGCUAUGCAUUCUGGGCAGUUGCUGUUUAGUUAUACAUCUCUAUGUAGAAUGUGCCACUGGGAGAUCCUCUCUGAAUCACCCGUUGCGAUGCACUGAAUGUCUGGUUGAUUAUUUUUCUGCUAGAAGGGCUGCACUGUAGCAUUGCCAUUUGUUUAGUACCAUGAAUAUGACACAUACACCUUUAUGAUGUACUGAACACUGCAUUACACAUUGCAUGUGAUUUUAAUAAGUUUGUGUUUUGAAAUAACUUUUAUUUAAGUUUACACCAAUUACUCAUUAAAAAUUAAUCUGCAAUAAAUUAUAGACAUCACUGAAUCUUUUUUCAUUACAUCCAUUAUUCAGUCUAAUAUACACAAGCAUCAAAGCAAAAUAUGUAAAUUAUUAUUCAUGCUGCACUAGCAAUUAGUUUGUUAAGUGAUGUCAUAUAUGUAAUAAAUAAUUUACUAGGAUAAAAGUAUGAUGUCUGAUAUUAAUAUUCUUCUUUUCUAAAAAGGCUUCUAAGAGGUCGUCUUUUUGGCCCUAUCAAAAAGACUUUGAUAUGUCCACAUUAAUUUAUCCAACAAUUCCUUAAAAUGGUUAUCCAGCACUUGGAACACAGACAAUCAGGUGGCCAGGUCAGGUAUCACCCUGUCUUCCCCUAUGGUUAUGUAUACCCAAAACACUUUCCUGUUUCCCCUUGCUUUUAAUCCAUACAUUAAUUCUUUACCAAAUGCCAUAUUGCAUUGAUUUUCAAUAUGUACAUAAAACUACUCAGUACCCUGCUUUAAAGCUCUUCCAGAAAUGCCCUAGUCAUUCCAAAAGCCUUUGUCAAUAGUGAGACUUGAAUAGAGGGAUUAGGCCUCUGGCUUAAUACCAAAAAACAUAAGACCAUGCUUUUUCUGUUCAUGAUUAAAUCAUCCAGAAAGAUGCACAGAACCUAAUCACUUGAUAUGAAUAAUAUUCCUCUUGAAUUAGUUGCAGUAUUUGAACUGCUUGGAGUCACAGCUGUCUCUUCUCUAAGAUCAAACAAUACAUUACCAAAGUAGUUGACCAGUGCAGCUGCAUGUUUGGCAUUCCCUACUAAACAUGUCAUUACAUGACCCUUCCUUUACAUGCCUUAUAACCACUACAGUCUGCCUCCUACCCAGGCUUUUUAAUUACUCCAGCAUUCUGGCCACCCAUAACACCUCCCUUACAGUCAAACUCAAACAAGCUUACCAGUGAGUCACCAAAUGUAUCUCUUGUAAACUAUCAAAAAUGCAUCACUGCUUCUUCCAUAAGACAAACAGCUGGCCUGAACUCAAAAGGGUUGAUUUUUCUACCUCCAAGAAUAGUUCAUGCCAUACUCCAUCACUCAAAAAAUGCCCUUCUCUUAAUUAUCUUCUUAUAUUGUUCAUUCCCAAUCAUUCCCUUUGAUCCACCAGACAGUUUCUAACAAAACUUGUGAUGCUUCCACCACCGCCACCACCUACAACAACAGCAACAACUGGCAUAGUGAAUCCAAUUUCUCUACCAUUGUCUCAUUCCUAGAACUGUCUGAUCUUUGCCUUAAGAGAAGACUUGAGCUCCUAAGGAACCCUCAGAUCAUACAACAUAAGCACCUGAAUCUGUAAAUGUAACAGAUCAGUUGUAUAGGUAGUCCUUUCACAUCUUUUCCAUUCAAGAAAUGUUGCUUCUAUAGUAAGUCAAGUCCUCCAUCACCAUGGUUUGAAAUUUGCAUUCUGUUCUAUAUAUUACAUUUCUUGUAUAUGUUGUAAACUAUGAUAUUCUGCUGUCUUUUUCUGUCCUAUUGUUAUUGUGAUUUAUUUACCCAAUAUAAACAAAAUAUAAUGUAAUUUAUAUAAUGUGUUAUUUCUAUGAUAUUGUACUAGUUCCAGAGCUUUUCUCUCUGGGUCUCUGCUGAAAAUGGGCUAUGUUGAUUGAGACCCUCCUGGUUAGCAAUGUGAAGAAAUAAAGUUGUUGAAGACUAUGCAUGUGUGCACACAUAUAUACACAAACACACACUCAUGCACACACACACACACGCACACACACGCACACACAUGCACACACACACACACUUGUAUGACUAUUUACUCUAAAAGAACAAUUUUAGUUUGUUUACAGAUGUAACCAGCUAUGUCAUUUUGCUUUCUCUGUUGGCAAGCUACAUGUGACUUUUUAAGCUAUAAAAUUUGCUUGGCACAGCUAAAAUGUAUAUAGUAACAGAAAACAGCAGACAUCUCAUACUGUUGACCAGAAUCUCAACAGCUGUCUUUCUCAUAAUUAAAAGAUAUCAAGAGAGCGACUGUUUCAUAGCCUUCCUCUAGGUGUACUAGCAAUACAGCUAACAGGUCAAACACUGUUUUGCGAAUAAAUGUCUGUGCAUCUAUGGGCCUAUAUUCAAUUCAUACAACUUUCAUUUGUAUUUCUGAGUUACUCUAAAUAACUCACUUAAUUCACAUAUUCUCAUAAAGCACAUGUAGUUCAGCUUCUCUGCCUUUUUCCAUCCACAUUUUUCAAAACAAUGGAAGAUUAAUAUGUUUCCAAAGGCUAAAUGUCAUGGCCUGUAAACUAGCUUAAUGUUUUCUAUAGCUGAUGUUUGAGAUAUGAUGAAAGUAAAUUUAAUGUUCAUCUGGGGGAGGGUCUUUUGUAAUCUAACUUUCUGCUUUGGCUUGUGACUAUAAUCUAUUAUUACUGUUAAUUUGUUACCUUCUAAUAUUUCAAAGUUUAAGCCUGCAAGCUAUAAUACCAGCAAUAAAAAAGCAAAUAUUUCAGGUACUGUAUUCUCUCAAGCUUUGUCUAAAAAUCUGCAGAUUAUAGUUUAAUGAAUGUAUUUGACUGCAAGCAGAUUGAAAUUAAAAUGAAUAAUCCAAAUUAAAUGUUAUAUUUUACAAAAUUAAAUUUUGAAGUGUCUUUACCAGAAUGAAUUGUAUGACCCAGUAUUGCUAUUUGUAUCUGAGCUAUAAAAAAGAACAUUUGGCCAUAACAUUUCUUCAUGUCGAACAGCAUGAGUGUAACCAGUAUUUUGUAAUGUGUAGAUAAAUAUUUAAUCUCAUUCUGUAGGAGUCUUGCCACUGUUAAAUAAACUUGUUACUUUAUACUUUUCA